UGAUGGGUGGGGUGUCAUGUGACCGGCUGCUGUCAUGUGACUUGUUGAGAUUCUCCGUAGUCUUCAGCUGCAGUCAGUCACUGAUCAACGCCAUCCACUUCACCUGCUGACCGAGAGACUAGUUGCUACUGAAACCAGGAGACGACAGAGAGACAGCAGAGAUGCAGGUGGCGGUGUUGUGUUACUUCCUGUUCUCGCUGCUCGGCGGUGACGCGGCUCCGGCUGCAGACGAGGUGACUUACCUGCCCGGUCUGCAGAAACAGCCGAGCUUCAGGCAUUACUCUGGAUACCUGAGCGUGGCCGAUGGAAAACACCUGCAUUACUGGUUCGUGGAGUCCCAGAAUAACCCGUCGUCUGACCCGAUGGUGUUGUGGUUGAAUGGCGGCCCCGGCUGCAGCUCUCUGGACGGACUGCUGACAGAACAUGGACCCUACCUGAUCCAGGACGACGGCGUGACACUGCUGUACAACCCGUACUCCUGGAACAAGAUUGCCAACGUGUUGUACCUGGAGUCUCCAGCAGGGGUCGGCUUCUCGUACUCUGACGACAAGAAUUACGUCACCAACGACACCGAGGUGUCGAUGAACAACUACCUGGCUCUGAAGGAGUUCUUCCGUCUGUUUCCAGAGUUCAGCAAGAACGAACUCUUCCUGACCGGAGAGAGUUACGGAGGAAUCUACAUCCCGACGCUCGCCGAGAGAGUGAUGGAGGACGCCAGCCUCAACCUGCAGGGCAUCGCCGUGGGAAACGGGAUGUCGAGUUACGAGAUGAACGAUAACUCUCUGGUGUACUUCGCCUACUACCACGGCCUGCUGGGAAGUCGGCUGUGGACCGACCUGCAGAAGUUCUGCUGCAGCGCCGGGAAGUGUAACUUCUACAACAACCAGGACCAGAACUGCUCCGAGAGCCUGGGUGAGGUUCAGGUCAUCGUCUACAGUUCGGGAUUGAAUAUGUACAACCUGUACGCUCCCUGUCCAGGUGGAGUCCGCGAGAGAGUCAGUAUUGAGCGAGGUGAGCUGGUGAUGAGAGAUCUUGGGAACUCGUUCAUCAACCAUCAGUGGACUCAGCUGUGGAACCAGAAGUUACGAGGUCUGGUGUCUCUAAACCUGAACGUCCGUCUGGACCCCCCCUGCACUAACUCCACCCCCUCUUCACUCUACCUGAACAACGCGUACGUCAAAGCUGCUGUGCACAUCAGCCCCAAGGCCCUGGACUGGGUCAUCUGCAGCUCUGAGGUGAAUCUGAAUUACGGUCGUGUCUACCAGGACGUCAGGAAACAGUACCUGAAGCUGCUCGCUGGUCUGAAGUACCGGGUCCUGGUGUACAACGGGGACGUGGACAUGGCCUGUAACUUCAUGGGGGACGAGUGGUUCGUCGAGUCUCUGCACCAGCAGGUGGAGGUCCAGAGACGUCCGUGGCUCUACGAUGAUCAGGACGGUCGGCAGGUCGGAGGCUUCGUCAAAGAGUUUGACAACAUCGCCUUCCUCACUGUCAAGGGUUCUGGUCACAUGGUUCCAUCGGAUAAACCAAUUGCUGCCUUCGCCAUGUUCUCCAGAUUCAUUAAGAAACAACCCUACUGACCUCCGCUCUGUUUGGACUCUUCAGGCUGCCGCACUUUGAUUUGAUUAUUUUUUUUUCUCACUGCCAGCCCAUCUGUGUUGCCUGGCAACCAGAUCAUUGUUGCAGGAAAUAAAACGUCUCAACCUCAACCAAUCACAUUGCUUCUCUCGGUCCACUGUACUGGUGACACGUUGCCGUGGAAACGAGCACUGCCGUCUGUCUCUAAUGUUUUUUUGUUUUUUUUUAAAGUUAUUUUUUUGGGGGCAUUUUCCAUUUUUUUUAUGACAGGACAGUGGAUAGAGUCUUGAAAGGGGGGAGAGAGAGAGUGGAUGCGGAAAGGGCCACAGGCCGGAUUCGAACCCGGGCCGCCGCGGUCAGGACCAAGUCUUGUUACAUGGACGCCCGCUCUACCAACUGAGCUAACCCAGGCGCCUGUCUCUAAUGUUUUGAAUGUGAAAACUUUUUUUGGUGUUUUUGUUGAUUUUAAAGGGAAAACCAGAAAAUAAAGAUUGAUCUCUAA